AUGUCAAAAUUUGUUUACUAUGUUCCAUUCGUUGUUGGAAUGCUACUGUUCUUUUAUAACACUGCUGUCUACUUGGUAGUAUCACUGGUAAACCUAACACCAUUCCCACCUAGCGAUCUAUCUGUUUGGACGGGAAUAGUCUAUCUCCUUCCAGUGCCAUAUUUUAUAUUCCUCUCGAUUCUCUCGCAUGACAAGAACAUUGAAGAUACGAAACUAAAGAGAUUCUAUCAAGUGUUUGGAAUUGUCUAUGCUUUGGAUAUGCUCGGAUUCUCCAUUGUUCAAUUCACCUAUACACACUAUGCUUUCGUAAUAACCAAUACCUUGGAUCUAGCAAGUCUCAUCGUUUAUUGCAUUAUCAUUCGAUACCCAGCCUACAAACUAAAACCACUGCCUAUGUUCCCAUCUGUUACCUACUCUUUAGAGGAAUUACCAGCAGAUAUCAAACAAAAAGAGAAAGAGCAACAACAAGUUGACCUAUACCAAAAGAAAACAACUUCGAUUGAGGUUGUAAUAGAUAAUCAAAAUAGUCAACUUCCAAUAGAUGCUAAAUAG